AUGCUGGACGAGCCGCCGCGCCCCGACACGCCCCCCGCCCCCGCGCGCGACAGCGACGACGACGACGACGACGACAACGGGGGCGACGGCGCCGGGGAGUAUGACGGCGACCGCCAACGCUUUAGGACGUAUCAGCACCACGCGCCGCCGCCGCCGCCGUCCGCGCCCGUGGUGCUGCCGCCCUUCGUGCGGGUCAACCCGCACCCGCUGGGGCAGCCCGACGGGCCCGACUACCUGCCCGUGGACCACAAUCUGCCGCAGCUGCUGCGCCAGGUGACGGGCACCGACGACCUGGCGGCGGUGCAGAGCGUGCGCGUGCGCGUGGUGGCGCGCGAGACCAGCCUGCAGCGCCUCUGCCUCUACAUGCCGCACCUGCGCGAGCUCUACCUCGACGGCAGCCGCCUCGGGUCUUUGAGGGAUUUGGGCUGCGGUUUGUCGUCUCUGGAGGUGUUGAGCGUCGGGAACUGCGGCUUGGAUUCCCUGGACGGAACGUUCGGGCUUAUGACUCUCAAGGAGCUGUACGCAGUGGACAACACAAUCGACGAUGUCAGCAUGUGCACUUCCCUUCCUAAUAUUCGAGUAAUAGACUUGAAGAGGAACAUUGUGCAAGAUAUCGGUUACAUAGGAUUUCUGUCCAUUUGCACCGAUCUCAGAAAGCUUUCGUUGGCCGGAUGUCCCGUUUCAAGACUCCCAGGAUACAGGAAUGCUUUAAUAGAAAUGCUGCCGCAGCUACAAUCUCUAGACGGAGUUCCUGUGGAAGAGGAAAGUGAAGAGGAGGGGUUUUUCGACGAUGGUGGAGAUGAUGUGGAUGAAGAGUCCGAAAACGUGUAUCCGAGAGCAAACGAAGGGGAGGCACCUUCUGUAAACGGAAGUGCUUCAGGUGAGGAUUUGAACGAUUCAAUGUUCAACAACGCGAAUUCGUCGGGCGAUAACUCAUUGAAACAACUAUCUGACCUGUCCAGACACAUGUCAGAGGAGAACAGCGCACAUGACGACUCUUCCACUAGUUCUGGGUACGUAGCUACGAGAAGAAUGCCUUUCGUCGAAAGAAGAGCAAGCACUCCGCUCCCUAAAACGGUAAAGAAAAUGGUGCAGUCUGCGCGGGCAUCUGCAGCUUUCGGCAAAAUCGGUUUGGGCGAAUGUUCUGGUAAAAAACGGCCGUCAACAGCCUCCACUAGCGCUUCCAGCACUUCUUUGGACGAGGGCUGCGAGCCGCCCGUGCCGCUGCUGCGCACCGACGCGCCCAGCCUGCUCACGUCGGGGACGGUGAUGUGCGGGAACCUGGCGUCGGCGCUGCGCGCGCGCCGGAACAGGGCGAGCGCGUGGGCGGAGGCGCUGGCCGAGGAGGACGAGAGCGACGGCGCCAAGGAC